UAGAGUAUGAGGUACCUAAGGUAAGUGUAUACCUACCUGGAGGUCGGCACCUCUGAAAUCCAACUUUACAGGGUCUAUCCGGUGACUGACGCGCACCACGAUAAAUUCGCACACCGGCCUACCUAGGUAGGUAGAGGUAUGUCUCAACAACCUCCUUUUCGCUCUUUUUGUACAGUCCAUUCUGUAUCCCUUCUUCAUUCCUCCGUACCUUGCUCAAUUGGUUCAAUUGGUUCCCGUUUACAUCUGCAGAGGGGAAGGCCAACCCGACCUGCCGAAAGCAAGACAAACCUGAUGAACCAAAACAAAACAAAACAAAACAACCACAUCAAUCUCCGUCGCGGCGCAUAAUCGGCGCCUGUCACCAUGUUCGAGAAUCUCUGUACGCUGCCGCUAAGCGCCGAGCUCUUCGCUCAGGCACUUCACCCAAUUGAACCUCUUCUAGGCGUCGGCCUCUCUACCGGCCAUGUUCAAUGCUUCCGCCUGCCUGCCGCUGACCGCUCAAUCGAAGACGACACCGACCUCAGCGUGCUAUCCAGUGGUAGAGGGGCCAUUGAAACCAUAUGGCGAACCCGGAGGCACAAGGGCAGCUGCCGUACCCUGGCCUUUAGCAGCGACGGCUCCGCACUCUACUCAGCCGGCACCGACUCCCUGCUGAAGCACUUCUCCCCGACGACCGGCCAGGUCGCUUCCAAGAUCGCGAUCCCGUCGACUAAGUCGAUCGCUGACUCGCCGACUCUCCUCCACGUCCUGUCGCCGCAGACGUUGCUUCUAGCUUGCGAUUCGGGCGCGCUACACAUCCUUGACCUGCGGGACGGCGCCCUGGCGGCCUCCAAACCACAGCAAACUCAUUUUCCCCACGACGACUUCGUCUCGAGCCUCACCGCGCUACCUCCCUCCCUCGAAAGCACGAGCGGCUACAGCAAACAAUGGAUAUCCACCGGCGGCACGACAUUGGCCAUCACAGAUAUUCGAAGAGGGGUCCUCGUACGUAGCGAUGACCAGGAAGACGAGCUCCUUUGCACAGCCUUCAUCCCGGGUAUGGGACCCAAGAAGAACCGGGACAACGGGAUCGUCGCGGUAGGCACCGGAACCGGGGUGCUGACGCUGUGGGACAAGGGAGCGUGGGACGACCAACAAGACCGUGUUAUUGUUGAUCCCGGGAAGGGAGGUGGUGAGAGCCUCGAUUGCAUCGUGCAGAUUCCUGACAGCGUGGCUAGGGGGAAAAAGGUGGUCGUCGGCGUGGGAGACGGCAGCUUGCGCAUUGUCGACUUAAGGAAGAGAGAGGUCGAGACCCUGUUGCGUCACGACGACAUCGAGGCAGUAGUCGGUCUUGGGUUUGACUGCGAAGGCCGGAUGAUAAGCGGUGGGGGGCAAACAAUCAAAAUCUGGCAGGAAUCGCCUUUGCUAAGUCAUGGUGACACCAAGUCCAGAGAGGAUAGCGAUGUAGGCGGAUUAAGCCGAUCGGAUGAGGAUGAUGAUGACGACGAAGAAGAAGACGACGACGACGACGACGACGACGACGACGACGAUGAUGAUGAUGAGAAGACUAAUAGUGGCAAAGCCAAGCAUCGAGGCAGGAAUUUGCACGACAACUCGGACAGCAGCGACGAGGGGCCUAGAAGUCGCAGGAAGAGGAGGAGAAAGGGGAAAGCCAACGCGAGGCUUGGACCACACGGAGCUCACGGGGUAUUGCGAAUCCAGGGCCUGGAUUAGUCGAGAUAACCCCUAGCCUUGGCUUCUGCGAUACUGGCGACAGUCAGCGUUUCGUUAUCCUCUUGUACUAGAUGACCAGCUGCCUAACCACCCGACGCCGAAACACGGCUCUGUCUUCCCCAGCCGAGCAGCCGGGAGGUGCGUGAAUUGGCCUUGUGGAGGUAGCCUGGGUCCGGACACGUGAGGAUACUGUCUCUCUUAUAACGAAGACAGUCCCACAGGUACGUUCACAUAUCCGCCUACAUGCGUAAUAAGGCACAUUUUUCUCUCUCCCACCUGUUACGUAGCCGCACAGUACCAUGUGCUACCUCUAGUUAGCCUCCAGGCAAGAUUCAAUGAUGUAUACGCAGCACUACAGCCAUAACAGCGAUCGCAGUUUGCGGUAACCCGGGCGCAUCCGUAGCCUUGAACUUCGA